AUGAGUGAGACUCCUUCUACUAGUUUUUCCACCAUUCAUAGAACUUCUGACGGUCAAGUUCCCUCCCGCCGUCAUUUAAGCAUCACUCAUCCUGUGGUGGCCAAGCGGAUCAGCUUCUAUAAGAGCGGAGACCCCCAGUUCGGAGGAGUCAGGGUGGUGAUCAACCCUCGUUCCUUCAAGACCUUCGACGCUUUGCUGGAUAAUUUGUCCAGGAAGGUGCCCUUGCCUUUCGGGGUGAGGAACAUCAGCACCCCCCGAGGCCGGCAUAAUAUCACUAGGCUGGAGGAACUGGAGGAUGGUGAGUCCUAUUUGUGCUCGCAUGGCCGCAAGGUGCAGCCGGUGGACCUGGACAGGGCCCGCAGGCGCCCGAGGCCCUGGCUCAGCAGCCUCGCCAUAAGUGCGCAUGCGUCCCGCCACCCCACUGUUGCUGCCGCUCCCAGCAUGCCCCGCGCCCCGAGGAGGCUCCUGGUGUUCCAGAAUGGCGACCCCAAGACCAGGCGCACAGUCCUACUGACCAGGAGGGUCACUCAGAGCUUUGAGGCCUUUCUACAGCACCUGACCGUGGUCAUGCAGCGCCCAGUGACCAAACUGUAUGCCACGGAUGGAAGGAAGGUUCCUAGUCUCCAGGCAGUGAUUCUGAGUUCUGGAGCUGUGGUGGCAGCAGGAAAAGAGCCAUUUAAACCAGGAAAUUAUGACGUCCAAAAGUACUUGCUUCCUGCUAGAUUACCAGGGAUCUCUCACCGUGUGCACCGGAAGGGAAAUGCUAGGUCAGAAAACAGAAAGAUGAGCACACAUAUGCCUUCAAUCCCAAGUUCCCAGGUUUAUUCUGUUUCUUCUGACAAAACACAUUACUACUCAGACUACUCUUUUGCUAAUGAAAAUUGCUUGGCUUUAGAAAAACAUGAUUCUCAGAACUUAACAGUCUAUCCUUCUGAAGAUGAUAUUGAGAAAUCAAUUGUUUUUAAUCAAGAUGGUACUGUGACCAUUGAGAUGAAAGUUCGAUUCAAGAUAAAAGAGGAGGAAACCGUAAAGUGGACGACCACUGUUAAUAGAGCUGAUCUUUCUAAUAAUGCUGAAAAGAGUGAGAGUUUUUCAGGAGGAACAGAUAAUCAGUCAUCUAGUUUAAAACUUGGAACAUGUUCCUUUACUGGAGAUGUUUCAGGCAGCAAGCAAGAGGGUAGUUUGACAGAGGAAAUAAACAUGCAAGGGACAGAUAGAAAGGCUGAGACUUACAGUUCUGCUAGUUGGGAAAAUACUGCUGUGGACAUAGAUAACAUCCAGCAGAGUCAGAAUCAAGUAAAGAAUCAUUUUUAUAGGCCCCCUACACCUGGACCAAGGAGAAUAAGACAAAAGAAAUCUGUGAUAGGGAGUGUGACCUUAGUAUCUGAAACAGAAGUUCAGGAGAAACAAUUUUCUUAUAGUGAAGAAAGAGAAGCUGGAGAAAACAAAUCUGAGUAUCACAUGUUCACACAUUCUUGCAGUAAAAUGUCAUCAGUAUCUAACAAACCGGUACUUCUUCAGAUUAGUAACAAUGAGCAGAUGGAGUCACCUUUAGAAAGACAAAAGGAAAGUAGACUCCUUAAGUCAAGUGCAAUAAGUUCUGGUGUUAUAGAAAUUACAAGUCAGAAGACGUUAAAGAUGUCACAUAAUAAUGGUUUACCACCAACCAUAUCAGAAAGCUCAACUAUAGAGGAGUGUGUGGUUAAUAGUGUAAUAUCAGACAGCAAAACUGAUAGCAAAAACUUGAGAACUUAUGAUAAUUCCACCAAUAGAUUAGGUCCUGCUUCAGCAGAUGCAGCUCAUUCUUCAAGGAGCAGCUCUGAAACUGACAGAAGUAUUUCUGAGGUUCGUGCUUCACUGGGAUCCUCUACUGACACGACAAAACUUGGUAGACUAGUGAAUGAAUUUGCUCAGUGUGGCUUAACCAAUCCUCCAGAAAUUGAAAAGCAGAUUUUGCCAUCUGUUGCCAGCAAAAGGAAGAAGAAGAAAUAUCACCAGCAAGUGAUAAAUUCCAGAUAUCAGGAUGGAGCUAUUGCAGCCAAAGGACUCUCCAAUGUUAGUGCAAGAAUAAACAGACGUAGAAUUACACAGGAAGCCAUCUUGCAAGAUUCAGGCAAUCCCCUUAAAGGGGACAUGCUUUGUGAGGAAGAUACCCAUACAGAUGAUAAGGCAAUUGAAUCAAAUAAUUUUUGUUCCCAAAGUAAUCUCAGUCCCACACUUUCCAAGAAUAUCCACAGAAAUAAAUUAAAUACGAUUCAGAAUUUUAAGACCCAAGGACUUUUAGCCAAAAGAAAAUUCAAAACAUUAAAGAAAGUAAGCUUGGUAGGACCUAAAAAGAGAGAAGUUGGUCAAGGAGAUGAAGUAUUUCUUCCUAAUGAGUCUAAAUAUUUCAAAAGUACCAUGGAAAAUAGAAGUUUAUUUCAUGUGUUUAGCCUAGAGCAAAAACUAAAAGGUUUUCAUGGACUAAAGUCUCAAGAAGAAAUGGCAUCUAGAAACUUGAGAGGAAUGGCAAAAAGGAGUUCCAUUCCAAAAGUUAAUGAUUCACGUAUAACUUUGAAGAGCCAGAAAAAACAAAAAGGGGAUAAAUUGAAAUCAGGUGCUAUUGUAAGUAAACAACAUGUCACAACCAGAGAAAAUUCUUUAGCUUCCUUGAAAAAAGCUGAUUUUCCUGAGGAUAUAGCACAUCAUUCAGUUCAAAAUUAUAUACAGAGAUGGUUGCAAAACAUAAAUCCAUAUUCAACAUUAGAAACUAGGAAAUCAGCUUCACUAUCCAAAAAAGAAAGGAAUGUGGUAACUUAUAAUAGUAAUGGUUUUCCAGGAAAUAAUUCUCAUACAAGUUCUGAAAAAAGAAAUAAUUUUGUUAUGGAAAGAAAUAAGCAUGUAACUAAAAAUGCCACUUUGGUAAGAGAUAAUGUAUGUGAAGAGGUAUGUAAAUCUCUUAUUGCCAAAGAGGAUGGUGAAGAACUUAACAAAGAUCUCUGUGAAAGUCAGGAUUUAUCUCUGGAGGAUGCUUAUUUAAUUUCCCUGCAUGAAUUUUGUACUUUGACGAAAUCAGCUAUUAAUGAUCAUGACACUAAAACUCAGAUAUCUACUGAAAAGCCUGAACCAGAGGUAAGCCUUGUGUACCAGGAAAUAAAAGGGAAAAGUGUAGAGGCUGCCAUUCAAGUAGAUUCUAUGGAAGACAACAUGACAAAAGACCUUUUACCAUUCCUUUUGCUUCGCCAACUACAAGCUUCAGUGCCUAGUAUUCAUAAGAUUCAGAAUGGAGUUCUUCAAAUGCCAGGUCCACUUUCAGGUGUCUCUUUACCUUCAGCAAUAUAUAAUGUAUCCACCAAUCUCCUUCUUGCUUGGCUCUUGGUGCUGAACCUAAAGGAGAGUAUGAAUAGUUUCCAUCAAGGUGAUGCACCUGAGUUUACUAACAGAUCUGAAACACUUGCAUUGUUGGAGUUUCUAAAGCAUGUUGCUAUUACAGAGGAAGCUGAUGACUUGAAGGCUGCUGUUGCUUGUUUAGUGGAAUCUACCACAAACUGCAGUGAAUCCAUAGAGAAAAGGCAAGGUAUGAUACCUGCAGGUCCUUCUUCAAAUUGUACCACUGACAACAUCCAGGAAGCUCCUAAGUGCAGUGAAAGUGAAAGAAUACAAAGAAAGUCUUUGGAUGGAGGCCACUCUUCCAGUGAGGCCUGUUGCGCUGAGUUCUGUGUUUCAGAGAUGACUAGCAAGUUAUGUGAUUCUCCAUGUAAGAUAUGUACUGAGAAUAUUAUAUGUAACCACAGUCCUACUUUUUUCACUAGUGAUGGUUGUGCAAUGGAUCAGACUUCCAUGAAUAAGGCUUAUUUUCUAGCUACCAAUGGUAUAUCUUCCCAUAAGGAUUAUGCUCAAGAGGAACAUAUCAGUGAGGCAGCUUGCCCAGUUUAUGAUAACCAUAGUCCCAUCCAAGUCUGCAAUACCAUCAGCUUUUUAAAUUCCAAAGAAAAUGAACAUACAGAUAAUUUGGAAUUAACCAAAGAGUACAAAAGAGUUGAUGAAGUCCAGAAAGACCUAAAUAUUUUAGCAGAUUCUGGAUAUAAUAAUGACUUAAACAUAUUGUUGUCACAUCAAAGUGACAGUAAUUUAAGUCCCUGUGCCCUUCUCCUAAAUAAAUCUGAUCCAGAAGUUGAUAAGUGUAAUUCUAUAGAUGAAUUUAAAAAUCAUUCAUUAAAGAAAUUUCAGGAUAAAAGUACAUCCUUUGAUAGGGAAGAAUCUAGAACUUCUGAAGAACCAGGUUCCGUAACUAACAGCAUAUCAAGUGAAAGAAAUAACAUUUCAGAAUUGGAGUCCUUUGAGGAAUUAGAAAACCAGGACGUUGAUUUAUUUAAUACAGUAAAUGUAAGAGAGAAUUCUACUGAAGAAUCAUUUGAAAAAGAGUUAAAAGCCAGUAAAAUUUUGGAAUUGAUAGACAAAUCUAAUAGGAAUCUUAUAACAGGAGAAAAAAGACAAGGUGUGAUUUCUGAGACAGCCAGUGGGAGGCAAGUGACACCACCAUCUUUAGAUUUUUGUUAUGAUUCCAAGCAAAGUACUGAAAAGGACAUCAGUGCAAAAGAAACUAAGUCGAGAGUUAAAACAAUGGUGAAAAGCAUGGAAAACAGUAGUUAUUGCAAGUCUUCUGUUGAUUUAAAAAAAUGUUCCAAAUGUUCAGUGACUUCUGACUGGACAGAUGAUAGACCACACAGUGAGAGUGAGCAGCCGUGUAACACAUCUAGUGAUGACCACAACAAUAGUGAUGAUAUUGCUCAAGAGAAAGAAUACAACAAAGGAUUUGUUAAAAGGACAAUAGAAAAGCUGUAUGGGAAAGCAGACAUUAUUAAGCCAUCCCUUUUUCCUGGGUCUAUACAUAGAUCUCAAGUUUAUCCUUAUAAUUCUGUGGAAUUUCACUCUGCUAGGAAAGCAAGAUUUUAUGAUGUGGAAGGUCAGUCUUUUGUCUCUUCUGCACAGGUAUCUGGUAGUUCACCUAUGUUACAGGAACCCUUGAAUGAAAGACAAGGUAAAUGUGAUGUUAAUGAUGUGCAGGACAGUUAUCAUGCUGAUGACAUUGUGGAAAAUGAUGCAAAACAAAAUGAUCCUAACUGGAUCCUUAGUGACAAAGAGGAAGGAGAACUUAUUGACAAAGGUAAGUGGCUCCUUAGAGAAAAUCAUUUGCUCAGGGUGUCAUCUGAACAUCCUGGUAUGUACGGCAAUGCAGACACCACAUCAGUGGAUACCCUGCUUGAUAAUAGCAGUACUGAUGUGCCAUAUUCACAUUUUGGAAAUCUGGCCCCAGGCCCAAGAAUGGCUGAGUUGUCCUCUUCAGAAGUGGAGGAAAUGACUCAACCUCCGGAACUGAAAUGCAAUUAUUUUAACUUACCUCAUGGUAGUGACUCUGAGCCUUUUUGUGAUGAUUUUUCAGAUGUUCAGAAUAAAUCUUGUGCUAAAGAGAGUGUACCAAAUCAUCACACAGAGGAAAAGAGUAAUCAUGGGUCAGAAAGAGUGUGCACAUCUGUCACUCAUUCCUUUACAACUGUUAGUAACAAAGUCCACCCUGUCUCUGAUAAUACCAUAAAAAACCAACCAUUACCUAGCAGUAAUAUGUCUCAUGCUGCACUUCAAGAAGGUGAUUCUUUGGAUAGACUCUAUGCUGUUUGUGGUCAACACUGCCCGAUCCUGACUGUUACUAUCGAGUCAGAAAAUGAAGACCGAGGAUUUGCUUAUCGAAAAGAUUCUGAUAUUGAAAAUUCCUUGGGUUUCCAUUUAUGGAUGAAAAUACAUCCGUGUUUACUACAGUCAAACAAAAACAUACUCAAGGUUAAGAAGAAUACAGCAAAUAUGAGAAAAGACUUCACCAGUGAUGCUAUUGGUAAUUCAUUUGAUCUGACUUAUUUCAAUAAGGUGUAUAAAAGAAGGAAGCCAGAAAGCAUCAACCUCAUGGACAUAGAAGAAGAAAGUAAUUUAAAGAAUUUUCAAUCAUACUUAAAGAAAAGUUUGUUCUUGCAUACAUCAUUAGUUGUGGGUGGUGUGAACUCAAACACACAAAGUCAUACCAAUUGGACAAAUAAUACCUUUAAAACGGUUGAUGGGAAUAACAACUUAUUAAACAACAGGUUGCAGCACUCAAAAACAAAUCUCAACCAAGCAGCAAGAGAAAAUAUUAACUUUUAUUGUUGUUUCAUUAUACUUGGUCAAGCUUACUUAUUAGGUAUUUUCCAAGUUGUGAUAGCCUUAAAUAUUAGCAAUGGAAAUAUAUUAAGGAUAUAUUAUAUGUUUGAGGGUGAAAAUAUUUUCAUCUGGGAAGAGGAUAACCGAUAA